GCGAGUUGCCGGUGCCACAAUUUGCGCCAGCCCUCUCUCCGUUGUAUUCGACGCAAUACGCACCUGCAGUACCACCUCCAGGCCGCUAGAGGUCCGCUCCGACACGUGUGCUGUUUCAGUCGCAGCGAGUUCACGUGUGUAGUGCCGGAAUACAACAUGUCGGCGUUCAAGAGAAAACGUGGACGACAGGCUCUUGCUGGUAAAAAGGCAAAGAAAGCGAAAAUUGUUGCAGAUGGGGCCGAAGAACCACGGGUAGCUGAACAAGAGAAGAGUAAUGAAGCCACCAUUCCGCCCCCUGUUUCGUCGGGCAGAUGGACCAACAAGGAAAGAGUUCUCAUUUUCUCCUCAAGAGGCAUCAGCUUUAGAACAAGACACUUGAUGCAAGACCUGAGGACCUUGAUGCCUCAUUCAAAAGCAGAUACAAAAAUGGACAGAAAGGACAAGUUGUUUGUCGUUAACGAGGUUUGUGAAAUAAAAAAUUGCAACAAAUGCCUCUUUUUUGAAGCCAAGAAGAAGCAGGACCUCUACAUGUGGAUUUCAAACAGCCCUCAUGGACCUUCAGCAAAGUUUCUGGUGCAAAACAUUCACACGCUGGCUGAGCUCAAGAUGACAGGAAACUGCCUCAAAGGAUCCCGGCCGCUGCUCUCGUUUGAUCCUAAAUUUGACUCGGAGCCCCACCUUGCUUUGCUGAAGGAGCUCUUCACCCAGACAUUUUCCACCCCACGCUACCACCCCAAGAGUCAGCCUUUUGUGGACCACGUCUUCACAUUCUCCAUCGCAGACAACAGGAUAUGGUUCAGAAACUACCAGAUCAUGGAGGAGGAUGCCGCUCUAGUGGAGGUCGGCCCCCGCUUCGUUCUCAACCUCAUCAAGGUCUUUCAGGGGAGCUUUGGAGGACCCACGCUUUUUGAGAACAAAGACUUCAAGUCUCCUAACAUGCACCGGCGAGAGAUCCGACUGUCUGCAGCGGCCCGAGUGCGUGAGAAUCAGAUGGUGAAGGAGAUGCUGAAAACAAAGAGGGCUGAAGCUAAGGUGGAGGUAGUCAAAGACGUCACAGCAGACGUCUUCCAGACGCCGGCUCAGGAGAAGGCCGUUCACAUCCAGAUGGAGGCACCCACAGCAAGAGUACUGAAGAAAAACAAACUCAAAGCGCUCAAACAAGAAAGGAGGGCACGCAGAUAACUGGAUUGGCCAAUGAAUGGCUUACUGCUGAUCUAAAGCAGUAUGCAUAGCAGACGAGGUGUUACAGUGCAGUUGAGUCCAUUUUACGAGCUUUGGUAGGUUAAAAAAAAUGAAGACUUACAACGGUGCAACAUAUUAUGACUUUUGGCAGAAAAUUUGAAAUAUACACGUGUUGUGUUCGAUGUCCUUUGCCAUAGUUUGUGUGUUCACACAACACAUUUAUUUGCUCCCUCCUUCCGGAGGACCAUACUGUUUGUAGCUGGGCCAGCUUUAUUCGCAAACAAUAUUUACUCAUCCUUUUUUGAUAAACGUAUUCCAAUGUAAAAAAAAAACAUUUUGAGUGACCAUUUCUUUUCAAUGUCCUGAAAAUAAAACCAUUUUAAACUC